CAGAGCUCAUCUAUCCUAUGUGCUGUUAGACGUGCCGGAAGUGCCCGCUUCUUUACUUGAUCAUAUUCUAGCAAUGAACACCUUCCAUUCAUACCGAAACAUCUGCCACUGAACGAUUAGGCAACUCCGGGAAGCUCAUUGCCGCAUUGGGCUCGCACGGCUGCACAAAAGAUCUGAUAUAACGAGACCUACACAUCUCAUCGCCACCGCCCCGAUCGCACAUAAACCAUGGCAUGGUGGCGUCGGGACCCAUCACUCUGGGCAAGAUCGCCAGCUCAUCGGUAUGCCCAGCGAAUCCUUCGAGAUCAUGAAGCAGCUCUUCGAACAAGAUGCUUCUCGCGUACGCCUUCAAACACCGCCCAGCAUCAGGACCAUGGCAGCACAAGUCGUCCAGAUGGCAUGACAGAUCAAGAAUGGGCACAACUUCAAAAAUAUAGGAGAUGGAGACAGAUUCUACGAGAACAUCCAUACAAAGGUCUGUUCGGGGCAAGUGAGGACAUGCUGCGAGGCAAAGGUCUCACCGAUUGGGAAUGGGUGUACAAGACGUUCCCCAAGUGGAUGUUGAAGGAGAUGGAUCCUCAACAGUCAGUCAGUGAGACUAAGAGCGUGAACAAUAGUGAUUAUGGGCGAAGAUAUGGUAAUAGAUCAGAAAGAUCUUCCCAAGUCGCGGAGGACUGUUCGACCGAACGGAAACCCUCUUGCGCGCAGCCAGUUAUGAAAGCAACACACUAUGAACGUGAUGAAUUUGGAAUCGUGUCACCAUCUGAUCUGCGCCGACCGAAAGAAGCAUCACACGCGAAGGUAGUUGGUAUAUUAGAGAAACAGGAGCCAACCGAGACUGGAGGGACCGCCAACACUCGUGAAGAACACCCGAUGGUGGAAUACGAAGUCUCAAGGUUGGACGGCGGGCAGGACGGCACAGCUCAGGCGCAGUUCCCGGAUGCCCCAGUCAAAUCCGAAGGCACUAAUACAGUGGCGAGCAAAGCUUCCAAACGAGAGUCUUCAUUCAUUGAUGCGUUCUUCGCCGACGAGCCGCGAGUACGUGAUCGCGACCUGGGGGACAGCAAGUCCUGGAGGCAGACGGCUUUGCAGAGGAGAGCUACGUCAAAUGUAGUGAUGCGGCCAAGGGCAGGAUCUUACCAAGUGACGAACAAGGACGCCCCAGCAACAAAGAUGACCUCGGCUUCAGUUCGAGAGACCUUCGUGAUACCCUCCUCCCAAGCACAGGUGGACAACUAUCUCUACCCAAGGUCCAGUGUUGCUACAAACACCAUGGCCAUCCAACAAAAGCCGCAGCUGCCUGUCAGAGAAAUCCAAUGGGCGGUACCAGAUCCCACAGAACUUAUGCAUGAGGCUGGCAAAGCAGAAGUGGAGUCAAGCUCAGCAUCUUCAACAUCAGCUAAGCUUGGUAGCCUUCCCGAGGACGACAUCGACUUCUUGAGUGCCGGAGAAAUCCGGGCAGCGAUGGGCCGCAGGAAGAGUAGCGUCAAGAGUAGCGAGGAGAGGAUCCAGGACCGCCAGAAGUUGGAGACUGGCUACGCCAUCGCGGGACCGAAGGCGCUUGAUGAUGCAGUCGAGGGUCAUGUUUUGAACAACUAUCACGUACGCCGGAUGCUGCAAGAGUAUGAACGAGCGCAGGCUGUACCAAAGCAACCCGAGUCAGACAAUAUCGAAGCUGAGCAAGGUGCACUGCUUCAAUCAAAGCCAGUCCAAAUGGAGUCCAGCAUCGACCGCAUGAGAAGGUGGAUCGAAGAGGGUGGCACAUCUCUCGCAAAGCACUUUUGGCAGGACCCAAUCGAAGCAGGUGCACCAUCAGAGCCAGAUAUGCAGUUUGCGAAACAGAUGGCGGGCCUGGGCAAGAGUCGCCGUGCGAGAGAGCAUAUUUCAGACGACCUAGAAAACGACCUGCCCAUGAGUAAAGUGCUCCUCGAACGUCUCAGGACCGACGAGAACAAAAUCGAGCACGCAGUCUACCUCUUGAGGACUCCUCGAAAGGCUGUUCAUGGCGCAGGGAUAUCGAAGAAUCUUCAAACUAUUCGGGAGCGCCGCCUGCGCAACACAUAUGAGAGGACCGAGAAGCAAUUCGAGGCCGCAUGUCAAGCGCUGCGAGAUCUAGAUGUUGAAGUGAUUGAGAAAGCUACUAACGCCUUCAAGCGACGACUUGGCAUCGCUUCGAGAGUGCUACAUAAGAAUCACACGUUGACUCGAAUGUUGACUUGGAGUGUACAGGCCCGCCUUGACGAGCCAAACCUCGAGCGUAGCAAGGCUGAGCUAUACAGCGAGAUCUUGACCCGCUUGGCAACUCUCCGAGAUACACAACUGGCACUAGCCCGACUAAUGGAUCAUGCUGUACAGACAUACGGCGUGUCAUUGAAGCCUGCAGACGAGGCACUCUCAAGGCCUGUAUGCAAGAGUGAGAUCGAUGCAGCAACAUCAAUUGCCAAUGAGGAUACCGCAGCUGUUAAUAAAGCUGGAGCCAAGUUUCUGGCUGUCACUGCUGCUGCUGUUCGCCUCAACGAUGAGAUCGAGUCUGAGAAGGCGGCCAUGAAAGGUCUGUCCGACGACGGCUAUGCAAGAGCGCCAAUGCAAACCGCAAGGAAGCUCUUUGAGGAUCAGAGCCCUCUUACACAUAGCCUUUUCAGACCGUUCAGCCUCCAAUUCGAAAGUCUGGGUAAGAAAACCGAGGGUGAGGCUGCAGAAAACAAGCUGAAAGAAGCCUUCAAGCAGAAGAUGGGGGACAGGAAAUUAGUGCAGGAAGUGCGCAGCGCCUAUGAAGAUGUGCAUGGGCCCAUCACAGUCGAGCAUUGCGAGGUACCGCGGCACGGGGAGUCAGCAAGCGCUAAGACGGAGGUGAAGGCUUUCGAGAUGCCGAAAGAAGACGCCGUCAGCCAGCCUGCUACAGUCUUUCACGAAGAGAUCGAACCAACCGAGACGAAAGCUGUUGGUGAGCUUUCAAUCAUUAUGACCGGGCUUGAGAGCACUGCUACUACCGUCGCAAGCGAGGGCGCCAUUGUUAAGCCUUCUACGCCUUCGACUGUGGUUGAAGAGGAAGUCGCCAGGGAGACCACACAGAGAAUGCCUCCAUCUAACCAAGAAAUGGCUACAGCUACAAGUCCAGCGACUACCGAGACUGCGACACACAAUGCCUCGACUAUCAACAUCUCUACCUAUUACACCAUCCUCGUUCACGACCCUCAGACCGACGCACUUAGUAUCACAACCUCAACGAGUGGGCCGCCCCGAGACACUUCGCCAACGCUACCCAUCCAUCAAGCACUUUCUUCGCUCAAGGCACCAGCCAGAUUCAUCCCGCACAUUUCUCCCGGCCUCGAGAUCAUCACUGCCAAUCGACACAUGCUUGUCCUCCGUGACGCUCUUGAUGGGAGAUCAUCAACACGAGGCUUUGAGACCGUCAGCGCACAGCCAUGCGCAGAAGCUGCUGUCGAGCUUCCUAGUAGCGAGGUGAAUCCUAUUGAUGGUACUACACGUCUCAGUCCCACUGGCUAUAGCGGUGUUGAGCAUAGCCGGGAACAGGUCGAUCGAGACUUCGAGGAGAGACGACAGGCUGCCGCUACUACCGAAGCAGCCAGGAGUAAGAGGAGCAAGCAUCAGACACGAGACGAAGAGUUGCUCAAGAAGAAGAGAGGCGGUGUAGGCGGUGUGUUUAAGACUGCUAUCUGGGCUAGUGCAGUGUGCUACAUUGUCGGUGUCACGGCUGAGGUGCUUCGAUAAUCUUUACCGUCAUCUGUCUUGCUUUGGGCGUUCUUGGGCACAAGAGGGUGUCUUCCUGCGCUGGUGUUAGGAGAUACGCCCCACUCACGGGUUCCACAUGUGUUCAGUUAUCAUUUAUCAAAGUAGAAUUUGGUUCAGACGCCUCAUGCAGAGCCGAUUGUUAAAUCCUCGUUGCAGCUCAGUGACCCGAGCACGCUAGACUAGAGAGGUCCUGUUGCAGCGGUCAUGUUGCAUGCAAGCGUGGGUGAUAUUAAGCAUGUGAUGGGCAAUGGGCAAUCUGUGAAAAGAGAUGGUCAGUUGACGAUGCAAAAUCAUGACAGAGUUCUUGCGGAGUGCGAGGGAAAUACAGCAUAUCUGGCAUAUUUUGUUGCGGUGCAAUUCGGUCCUUUAGGCCUUGAUCAUCAC